AUGCUCGCAGCGCUGAUUGGCUGCGCCAGCCUCGCCAACGGAGUUGCUAUACUGAAUAAUUUCAAGAGAGAAACAAGCAGUGCUAUUCUAGCCGGUUUCAAUGCCGAUCCCAACAUCGCCGUCUUUGGCAACACAUACUACAUCUACCCCACGACUGACGGGGACCCGGGAUGGAAUGCGAAGGACUUCUACGUUUGGAGCUCCAAGGACCUAGUACAGUGGUCACGAUCAGAAAAACCCAUUCUCACUUUCAACCAAGCCAACACCGACCCAGAAGUGCCCAAGGUGCCAUGGGCAAACAACGAUGCGUGGGCACCGACAAUCAUCGAGCGCAGUGGAAAGUACUACUUCUACUUCAGCGGCAACAAUACUGCCUACAGCGACGAUGUCCAGAAAACUAUUGGUGUCGCCGUGGCUAGCUCACCCACGGGCCCAUUCGUACCCCAGGCCAAAGCGAUGAUUUACAACAAUGAGGCUGUCACGGCUACCGUGGCCAUUGACCCAGCCGCGUUCCUCGAUCCUGUGUCGGGGAAAUAUUACUUGUUUUGGGGCAAUAACAAAGCUCUUUACGCCGAGCUCAACGACGACAUGUUGUCCAUUAAACAGGAUACGCUCGCUGCGGUGGCAUGGGAUGGUACUUUCCCUGCCGAGAAUGAGUAUUUCGAGGCCCCCUUUAUGGUCUAUCGCGAUGGUUUAUACCACUUUACCUAUUCUAUCGACGACACACGCUCUGUCAACUACCGCGUUGGAUAUGCGACUUCAUCAAAAAUUAGUGGGCCGUACACGUACCACGGUAUUGCGCUACAGAAGGACGAAGCUGGUGGUUUGCUGGCCACAGGGCAUCAGUCCAUCAUCAAUGUUCCUGGUACGAGUGACUGGUACAUAUGCUAUCAUUAUUAUUCCAGUAACGGGGGAGAUGGGACCAAGCGCCAAGUAACCAUCGAUGUGCUAAACUUCAAUGCCAAUACUGGCCUGAUUAACGUCGUUAAGCCAACCGUCGGGGGUGUGCCGGCGCAGACCAUUCCAUAG